AUGAUGGAGUCCGAGUGGCCUGGGAACUACCUGCCCAGUGCCUGCCGCGGCUGCGUCAUCGUCCAUCGAUCCCAUCCAGCAAUCGUUGGUAUCUUCCCUGUGCCGGAGGAGUCUGGCAGUGCUGAUGAUGCUUUCCAGUGGGACCCGAAAAGCAAGGUCUUCACAGUGGUUAAUGCCAGACGAUAUCCGUGCUUCACGUAUCUUACAUUCUUGGGCACCCAUGUCCGUGACCGGAACGGCCAGCCUUUUGAACUAGGCUUCACCAGGUCGGACGAAGGGGUGGAGGAGAUGGCCAUAACUUUCGUCGUCGUGGCCGACCCCAUGACUGCCGUGCGCCUCGGAAAGAUCGAGGCAGCGGCACUACCGUCCACGGGCUUCUUUGCCAUUGAACUGGAGCAGCUACAGGCCCCCUCUGUGCCGGCCGCCCUCCACAUCAAGGAGGACCCGGAGGGCUAUGCUUUUCCACUCCCCGAUGUGUCUGGACCGUACCUUUGUACCCAGGGCAUCGGAGGACACCUGACGCACUUUUUUCCAGAGAGUUACCAUGCUGUUGACCUUCGGUGUGCCACGCACACGCCUGUGCUAAGCAUUGGCGAUGGCAUAGUCAAGGACAUCGCGCAGACGCAUAAGUGUGGCGGCAUCCACGCCGCCAACCUGGCAAAGUGGAAUUCCAUCUCGGUUAUCUUAGAGUCCGGCAUCAUUGUGGAGUAUCUCCACACGCUGGCCGAAACGGCCCGCGUUGAGGUUGGCGAGGAGGUCCGGCGAGGACAGGUGCUCUGUGAAUCUGGCGACAUUGGCUUCGCGCCUGAGCCGCAUCUGCAUGUGGAGCUACACAGCGCGGCGGACCCAGACGGGCCUUCAUUGCCCCUGCAUUUCGGCAAGCAACGAUUUGUACCAACUGCCGGCCGCUGGUACAACUCCGCCGGCGAGGCGGAGGCGCCCCAAGAGGCUGCGCCCAUGCCGCCACCAGUCCUGCGGCUGGGCGGAGGCGGAGGCAUUGUCUCGAAGUCGCGGCGCCGGCUACAGCGGCUCGAGCGCCUGCGGCAGCGCGCCAGGACAGGUGGGGCGCGAGCCGCUCAGGCCGUCCAGAGAACCGGCGAAUAG